GGCCUGUGUUAGUCCUGGCAAUUGUGUUCUCUCAGUUGGUCCAACUUUCUUUUGAAAUAAUCUACGGAUGGAGCUUCAACCACGUGUUGAGCUAAUGAAUUCCACUCGUUGAUGAUUCUGUGGGAAAGUCGAUAAUCAGCUGACAAGUAAUUUGUUCUGGGCUUGUGAACUUUUUUGGAGUGCCCUCGUAACUUCUCUGUUUUGGAAGACAAGAAAAAUGAGAUCAUAUCGGGUGCAAAUUUAUCACUAAGCAAUUUGAAAACUGUAAUCAAGUCGCCUCUAGUUCUACGAUAUGACAAAAGGAAUAGGUUUAGCUUGGCCAGUCGAGCAUCAUACGGAAGCUUCGCUUAGUUGCUGUUCUCUGGACCUUUUCCAGAAGCUCACUGUCUUUUUUUAAGCAGGGGCUAGCCGCUUGUAUGCAGUACUCAAGUUUAGGACGUACGAACACUGUAUACAAAGUCAAAAACGUUUUAGCGUCGACAUGAGUAAAAGCCCUACGUAUUGACCAUAAAGUUCUAAAAGCUUUGGCGGCUAUUACAUGGCAAUGUGCAGUAGUCUUCAGAUCUUGGCUAACGAUGACUCCUAAGUCAUUAUGUGUCUGGACAACAGGUAGCUCGGUGUUAUUCAUCGUGCAUGUAUCUGUACCUUGAUGACCGUUAUGCAUCACAACACUCUUGGAAGUAUUUAUCGGCAGCUGCCAGGUAUGAGACCAUUUAGAUAGUUUCUUCAGGUCAUUUUGGAGUACUAAGCUAUCACGCUUACAUUGUAUCGUUCUUCAUAUCUUGACAUCGUCAGCAUAUAGCAAGACCGAUGAUGAUAGUAAGCGAGGAAGGUCAUUUACAUACAAAAGGAAUAGCACUGGCCCCAAAACUGUACCCUGGGGCACUCCACUAAGCACAGUUUCCCAGCUAGAUAACUUUGAGUUUACCCGUACUCUUUGUUCUCUAGAAAAGACACUGAGUAACUGUUCAUCACACUCUAUUUAGUGACUAACCUUAUCAAAACUAUUCAGACAGCGGUAUUCAUAUCCACAAAAGGAUGAUAGGCAUACAUUUGUAACAAUGUACAAAAUUGUAUCCGCAUUUUAAUAGCAAAAUAAAAUGUGAAUCCUACCAAUAGCUUUUUCAAUCAUAGAUUAAACUUACCCGUAACCAUGGAGCCACUAAACGUACAAGGAAUUCAGAGACCAAGUACAAAAACAUUGACCUAAAUUUGAACAAAUUAAAUGAAAUGAGAACCUUUCCCUAGAGUUUACUUUCAUCAUCUUAUCUGUUUUAAAAUGGUAUGUAGCUUAGUAAAGUUGGUAUCGUAACCUAUGGUGGGAAACUGAGUGACAUGGCUAAGAAUCGAUCACAAUGGUGUCGGUGUAUACACUCUUUGUCUGCCCUUGAACCGUGAGAUUAAAAUUGCUUUAUACCUUUAUUUCUACGAACUAAUUCUUCAUGUACUAUAUCCUUAUAUACAAUCCUUCUUUUGUAUAUACUACUACCAUUGAAAUUACUUCUGACUUUGGUGUUCAUCUUGUUGUGUUAAUGAGGUUCGACAACUUGAACCGAUGCAUGUACGUACCUGGUCCUACGUUGCAACUGACUGAUUUAGGGAUGAAAACAAUAUAACGACAAAUAAUAAUCAAGUUCAAAUGGUUAUCAACGGAAUAGAAGGAGCGUUUGCUUAAAGAACCUUUAUAUCUAAUAGUAUGUAAUCGAUGCCUCCAAGUAGGGACGUAGGUGUAUAAAACAAGCAGAAGAGAAGUGUUUGCAAUUUUGUGUGAUAUACUGUCCGAACUCCCUAGUAAUAUGUCAAGUUUUCCUGUGAAGGACUCUUAGAAAGUUGUCAGGGAAUUCCAAGUCUUGACUACUCAUGAAGAGUAAAUUCUUAAAAUGCUGUAGGUUGUCAGAAAAUCACCUCUAAGUUCCCCUUACUCAAAUAACUAGAGAUCCAUUAAUUUAAGGCGUUUCUCAUAAAGCUUGAGGUUGAGCUCCUAAACUGCAAUUUAGUGAUAUGCUGAUUAUUUAGCUAUCACCUAUGCUAGUCUGUCGACAGUAACUGGAUAACUGUCUGGUUAAACUUACCGAUACGAUAUAGUCUACCCUAUCAAAAACUUCGAGAAACCAAGACUUUUUAAUGACCUUCCUCAAAACUAUAUUUUUGGUGUGAAAAGAAUUUUAUGGAAUGGACUGCGAUUUCCUAAACCAUAUCGUAGUCGGAAUCAUGGUUUUUUUUAUUUAAGUCUGAAUUAAAUUUCACUAUUUUUUGUUUAAGAUAUCAUCUGGAGAUAAUUAUAGCGCUCUUAGGUACAUAUAAGUGUUUAUACUAAAAAAUCACUAGCUGAUGAUCAGAAAAAGCAAAGGCUUCAACUCUAGGUUUUUAUAAUUAAAAUGUGAACCUAGUUUUUGCUUCACGAAAAUUCUCAACUUAUAUCCAUAAAUUCAAUAUAGAUAGACUUUUUUUAUCUAAGCAGACGACACUUGAAUAGAGACAUUUAAAAAAGGUAUGAAUAUUAUUAUUAUUUUUGUAUUCAGGCCAUUCAUUUUGUUUAAUAUCACUUGGAAAAUAACAUUUAAUUCAAUAGAGUUUACGAACGUUUUCUUCCUGGUUUAGCUCUGUGAUCUUAGUUAGAGGGUUGGUUUGUGGUGUGUGCUACUCAUGUCGACAGACAUAAGUAGUAUGUAUCAUCAAUCAAAAGUGAAAUACCUGGCAGUAGAAGGUUAAGAAGAUCGAAUAAAAGAGAACGAGAACAAAGAGUGAUUGGUGUGCAGACGAAAUGACAAUGAAGUCUGAGACGAUUGAUUGACAUUUUACAAAUGAAGUGUUUACUGUAUGGUUCUCAGAUUUUACUAAGAUGUUCUGUAAUUUUGUAUUCAAACACAUUCGAUUGUCUCUACUUGUGUUCUCGUUCACUACAGGUUUACUGCUUUUUUAUAGGACAUGUUUUCUUAUAGGAUUGACUCUUCAAGAGCAACACCCAUCACGCAGUUACUACUCACGGACAUUUUUCCUCGAUUACAAAAAUCGUAGUCUGAGAACUAACAGUAAAUAGUUAUUUUGUAUAUCAGAAAUAAUUCCUUAGCUUAUCUGAUGCUUAUUUAACCAAGCACAGUAGAAAAUUAAUUUACGUAACUAAAUGCAUUAAUUUUUGGACUUCUGAUCGCAAAUAAUGUAAUUUGUGUCACAACUAUAUUCUAUAUAUUAUGUAUUCAUCUUUCAGUUGACUCAUCUAAAAAGUAAGGCCAAAAAUAAUGUCAGAUGACAGUGAUGCCUUUGCUAGUGCAGAUGAAAGUAUCCAUAUUAGUGUUGAAGCGAACGACCCAGUGGAAAAUCAUCUGCAGUCUAAUUUUAAAGAGAACUUUGGUGAUCACGACUAUAGUAAUCCAAAUAUUUUAUCUAAGCCACUUGCAAAUCCAGCGUCAUCGACAAAAAAGUCAAAUGUAGUUAAAGCAAAAAAGAACACUGUCAAACAAACGAAACUACAAUCUGUGUCCAAAAAGUUUGAAAAAGUUAAUGAAACACUGUUGAAUACCAACUCAAAGGCAAAUCUUGGAGAAGUCACAUCUGUCGGGUUUAGCGCUAAUAAAAAUGAAAGACGUGACCAACAACUUACAUCUUUCCGUCCUUCCAAAAAGUUUGAGGCGCCAGUAAAAUUUGUAAAAUCUAGAAUGGAGAGAGUAGGUUCAAAUGAUGGGGAGAAUUUCGUAGAUAAACGUAAUGAUUUUCCGAUCAGUAAUAAAGAGGAACAAGUUAUUAAUGAUGACACUAAUAAAUGUUCCAAAGUGAGCGAAUUCAUAACUGAACGACUCCCUGUAAUAGCAGAUAUUAUAAAUCCCAUCACAUCAUUUCAACUUCACUCUGAAACAGACAAACUUUCGACAGUUGAAUCUUCAACAGAAGUAGAUUUCAUAACUUCAGCUGCUCCAAGCACCCCACGCGGUCAGGGUGAUGGGAUGAGUUCACUUGUUGUGCAAGGGGAUGUAAUACAAGGAAACCCUUCAGAUGACGAGGUACUAAAACGAAGAGUUGAAAUACAAUCUGACGAGAAAAGCGAAAGGAAAGUAAUAUUGGAUACAUGGAACAGUGUUUGGAAUACACCGUGGACUAACGACGAUGAUAAUGGAGAGGUAGAUAACGACGAUGGACAGAGUGAUGGCUGGGAAGUAGACUUUUUGGAGGAAUCAGGAUAUAUAUCUGAAUCAAAGUCAAGCAACAUAAACUACUCAAUGUUUAAAAAUUCGAAGAGUCUUGACUCAACUAACAAUUCUUCAUGUGGUAGCCAGAUUUCGUCAAACAUAGAAAAGCGCGAUGUAGAACAAAAGACAAGUAGCAGCAAUUUUUCAUGGGGUUGGAGUGGUCUAUCUUCAUUCGGCCAACAAUUGACCUCUUCAUUACAAGCAACUAGUUUAAAUUUAGUACAAGGAGGUGUCGAUGUUCUGGAAUUAAUCGGACGUAAAACGAUGUCUGUAUUGGCUGAAAAUGAUCCUGGUUUCAACUAUACCAGAAAGUUUUUACGUCCACCAAACGCUAUAAAUGAUUGUCCAAAUCUUUCUAAGUUGCUACGUGAAGCUUAUGAAUUGCAUACAUCAACUGAAUCAAGUGAUCAAAAAUCCAACAAACAAAAAUGUGGUGAUUUCACUUAUCAACUAGAGUGUUCUCGCGCGUUACUUCAUUUAGAAUCAUUGGAAUUAGUUAGUGAACAAGCCAGUAAUCAAUUACAUACUCGUUUAGAUUCUUUAACAAUGGAUACUACUGAUAAUGAUAAUCUACUUGAAGCAAUAUGGACCAAUUUAAAUUUGGAUGAAAUAGAAAAUGAUGAUAAUGAUGACGAAUACGAUGUGGAUAAUCACGAUCGCAGUACUGCUGCCAACAGGAUUUCUCCAACAUAUAAUUCAUAUGCAUCGAUAAUGAAGAAAUUCAAAACGAAACUCUCUAACGAUUAUAAUCUUGUCAAACAUGAUAAAUCUGACCAACAAUUGCCAGAGAAUUUAAGUAGUCGAACUGUUCAAUUAUGGUGCAAAAUAACUGAAACAUCUGAUUGUUUAAACUCAAUUUAUCCAAAUGGGCGAUUUUUAGAAGCUGUGACUAAUGUUUGGAAAAUGUGCGACUUCGAUAAAUCGGAAAAGCUAUCGAUUGAAGAAAUUUACUUUCAAUCAAUUUCUUCAUUAGCACAAUUCACUUCGGCCUAUUUAGAAUAUUUACAUAAAUUCUCCGAGUGUAUUUUAGUUCACAUACAUAAGACUGAUAUAGAUUUUGUAGAAUUAUCACAAAUCUUAGCUUGCUUCUUCCGAAUCUCUGUUAAAGCUCAAGUUUGCCUUUCUCAAGAAUUCAUUAGAAAUAUAAAAAGUUUACAUGCGAAAAAGUCAACAGAAGUAUUUGAACAAGAAGAGUCAAAUUCUAACGUUGCUACCAUUAUCACGACACAAUUAUCAAAAAGUCAAUACAUUUCAAAUCUAUUGUUAGAAUGUAGUAAUGCACAAAAUUAUUUAAAAAGUGCAUCAAAUCUUUUAAUACCUGUUCUUCAAUUAGCUUGUUUAAAUCUUAAGUACCCAUCUAUUUUGCUCACACAAAAAACUAAGGACAAAGAAUAACUACGUUUCAUUUAAUCUUUUCUCCACUUCCGAUGAUUCCCUUUUUUGUUUUGUGCGUAAAACGGUUUGUUUUUUUAACACAGGAAAAAAUGAUCCUCAGUCUAUAUUUCGUGAUGGGAAAUCAAUAAAUAACUAUUUGAUUACUGA